CAAAAAUCUACCUGCACGUUUCUUUCGAGUCCAAGUCUAGGCCAUCUCAUAUCAAAUAUAUUCUGUUGUUAUAAGCGGUGCUAUUUCUUUUAAAACAUAGCCAAAAACAGUAAUUAUUAGAAAAACACCAGUUGCUUCAAUUUCAUAUCCAUGCAGGCUCUUCGAGAAGCAUACAAGGCUGUCCGUGGGUAUAUAGAGACUUUGGAGCGUCUAGUCACAACUCCAGGUUCAAAAACAAAUGAAGCUGCUACUCUCUCACAUCUAUCAUCAAAGGCAGUACAUAACGACCCCACAUUCUUGGCUCCAGAAUAUAUCGACAUAUCUGGAUACACUGAAUCAACUGUAGGUCUUGUCUUGUUUAUCAUCUUUUCGUUGGCGACAUUUGGAGUUCUCCCUUUGGUCGCGAAAUGGAAACCACAGAUAUGGUGCACGUUGGCUAGAUCUAGUUGUCGAGCAUUUCGUGAUGCAAACUUUGUACUGGUCACUGGUCCAAACGGUAAAUCGGUAGAGCUGCCCAUUUUAUCAAUCAGCUCGUUAGACACACAGUCGACUGGAAGGCAGGUAAAACAUCUUCGAUACUUUGAGUAUCGUAAACAGCGUUACAUAUACAAGGAAAUGUUUUCAAAUUUUCAGCGACAAAACGCUAGAUUAUUCGAGUCAUUUCCGGAAAUUCAUAAUAUGAGAUAUGGAAAAUCCACUCAAGAAGCCGAUACUCUUAUGAGUACCAACGGAUCCAAUUCGAUUGAUAUUGGAUAUACACACAUUUACACGCUCCUAUUAGACAAGGCAUCACAUCCUUUUUAUAUUUUUCAAAUCGCUUCUGUUGCGAUUUGGUUGGCUGAGAGUUACACGUCGUAUGCAUUAUUAAUUGUUGCGCUCAGCCUUGCAUCUAUUUCCUGGGAGGUAUACACGUCAAGAACUAAUGAACACAAUCAAAGAGAGUUGACGAGAGAUCAAUCAGGACUUUAUCCAGUGCUUCGUGAUGGAGUUUUGCAUCAUCUUGAAUCAAGCCAGUUAGUGUUGGGUGAUGCAAUUGUAUUGAGUGCUGCAAAAGACAUAUUGGAGGGAAGUAUAUUGGCGUGUGACAUGGUGAUUAUCCAAGGAGAGUGUGUCAUGGACGAAUCCACGCUUACUGGAGAAACCGUUCCUGUUAUGAAACUUGCUCUUCCUUAUGCAGUCACUGAGCGACGCACAAGUAUGCCAGGACGUGGACCCAGCCAUGAUUUUCGAGCCGAUGACAUGCAUUCAAAUUCCUCCAAAAAAAGACAUGCUGCCAUUCUUAAUCCAGAUAAACAUCGACAGCAUACUUUGUUUGCUGGAUCGCAAUUUGUUGAAAUCAAACCACGCAAAAACUGGAUUCCAUCAAUGAAUAGUACAUUGGUUAGUGAACCUGAAAUGGCCAUUGCUAUUGUCAUGGCGACAGGAUUUGCAUCUUCCAAAGGAGAACUUUUUCGUUCUAUUUUGUAUCCAAAUCAUAUCGAGUUUAAAUUCAAUUCAGACUCUUACAAAUAUCUGGUUGGUCUAAGUAUAAUAGCAUGUGUUGCUUUUCUCAAUCGAUCAAUUCAUGCAUAUAGAAAUGGGUCAACAUUACAAAGUGCAAUUCUGUCUUCACUGGAUUUGAUCACUAUUGCAGUUCCUCCCGCACUGCCACUUAUACUCACUGUGGGAACUGGAUUAUCCAUGGAGCGAUUGAAAAAAGCCAAAAUAUUUUGCACUAGUCCAAAUCGAAUCAACUAUUCUGGAAGAGUCAAUGUUAUAUGCUGGGAUAAAACCGGUACACUAACCACCCCAAAUCUUCAUUUUUAUGGAGUAAGCCAUGUGGACAAUCAAGUUUUUUCCAGCAUUCAACACUACUCGGCUUCUACAGAAGAGUUUGGAUCUACAUUUAACAAGCACACAUUUAGACUUGAUGAUGAUUCCUCGAAUUUAGCCCAUGUCGAGACAUCUCAGGUGAUUCUAUUGCAGCAGUGCAUGCUUGUCUGUCACGGUCUUACUGUGAAUGAACGUGGUGGUUAUACGGGACAUACGAUCGAUAUGGAAAUGUUUCGAGUGACAAACUGGAAGCUUCGAGAUGAAGAUUAUCUGUACUCUCUGGCUCAAACAUACAAUAUACCAAUCGCUGGCGUAGUUAUUCCACGCUUUCCACUAUUUACCCAUCAAGCCAAUUCUACGAAUGCACCAUUGUCUGAAACGGAGACUUUGAUCAUUUCAGAUAUUCCUCAACAAGAACCAACAAUGUAUAUUUUAAAAAGAUUUGAUUUUGAUCCGCACACUCAGCGCAGCACGGUCAUUGCAUCGUUAGGUCACUCCCCACUCCUCAACUGGUGUAUAUUUACCAAAGGAUCUGCCGAAGCAAUACGGCAUGUUUGUGAUCCACAUACAAUCCCACACAAUUAUUUUGAUACGUGUCAGUCAUUUACCAUGCGAGGACUGUAUGUCAUUGCGUGUGCUUAUCGACCGACAACAAUCCAAGAGUUUCCACAGCAUCUGACUUCAGAGUUGCUUUUAGCACGAAGAGACAAGGUGGAACGAAAUAUGAUUUUUCUUGGAUUUCUUUUGUUUGAAAAUCCGCUCAAAUCUGAAGCUCAGGAAACCAUUACUGCAUUCAAAGAUGCCAAAAUUCGAAACGUUAUCAUCACUGGUGAUAAUGCAUUUACUGCAGUUCAUGUGGCUCGAGAAUUGGGGUUGUGCAAGCAUACAAUAUUGAUUGACACACACGAGUCACAAGUACGAUUUUCAGAAAUACCAGAGCCGCCUGACAUAUCAUCGGCUAUAAGCACAUUCAAAGAUUUGUCAUUGCAAGCCAAACCAAACCCAACUUUACCCUCGCGAACAGCUACUGAUUCAUUUUUGAACACUUCUUUUGUAAGCAUGGAUGCACGACGACAUAUUCACAUUGAUGAUUUAAUCUAUCAACUGUCACAAAUGCCAGCGCAAACAGAGAUAGCCAUAACUGGCGAUGCGCUUUCUGUUUUAAGUGAACGCCCAGAUACUGAGUUUGUCGACUGGAUUGUUGGACGAACGCGUGUAUUUUCUAGAAUCAAACCAGAUCAAAAAUCAUGGAUUGUCGAGCGACUUAUUAUGCUUGGAAAAUGUGUAGCAAUGUGUGGUGAUGGUGCAAAUGAUUGUGGUGCGCUUAAAUCUGCACAUGUUGGUCUUGCUUUGUCCAACUCUGAAGCAUCCAUGGUAGCCCCAUUUACAUCUGCAAACGAAAACAUUUUGGAUAUGGUGUGUCUUGUACGCGAAGGACGGUGUGCACUCGAGACAUCUUUUGUAGCAUUCAAGCUGAUGAUGUCAGCCACAUUGAAUCAGUAUGGAAGUGCUCUUUCAAACAAUCAAUUUUUUUUCGAUAAUGUGUUUGUAGUCACUCUUUUGGCGUUUUCUAUGUUGUAUACCAAACCUUUUACUUCAUUGGCACAAGAUCGUCCAACGGAUUCGUUGCUUUCACCACUUGUAUUGGCAUCUGUGUUGGCACAAGUACUGUUUUCUGCUGGAUUUUUUUGUAUAAACGUGGCCAUGACGUUUUCGCAGCCAUGGUUUUGCUCUGUGAGGGAAGCAACUGCUGGUUUGAAUGACGCAUUUUUACCAAAUGAUGAUGGAUUGACACAUCCAGUCUAUCCAUGCUACCCCGUGAGUCUUGUAUUUAUGAGUACAGCGCGUUUCCGAAGUCCUCCAUGGACCAACUACUUUUUUGCAAGUAGUAUUUCAGUCAUUACAUGUGUCCUUGUUGCCAUGUUGCUGCUGCUACUCAAUUCAUCGCCAAUUGGAUCUUUAGAGUACAGUGAUGUGGUGUCAUGGUUAUUUUCAAUUCAACCGGGAAUACCUAUAUCAUUUAGGUUUGGACAACUUGGCGUGCUGAUUGCGUAUACAGCAAUAGCAGUACUAUGGGAAGUGUUUGUUGUUGAUGUACAUAUUCGACGGAUUACAACGCAAUGGGAAAUGGCAAGUAUGUUUGGAAGAGAUUGGAAGCGAGAUCGAGCAGCAGGAGUGCAUAACAUGCAAGAAGAUGAACAUAAAAUGGCGAUUAUGAUUUCUGGUGUCGAGGAAGAUGAUCAGAACAGUGAUUCUGAUGCCUUUGAAACACGGUUGGCAUGGUCUGCUCAGGAAUCAGAACAGCUCGUAACUGGAUCGCCUUUUAUCAGCUUGAUGCCCGUUACACCGAAUUCUUUUGUAGAGCUCUUUUCUACCUGGUGGCCAGUGGAAUUGAUAUCGCAAAAGAUCCUGAAACCCCUCAUUGGCAAGUCCUGCGCUAGUGCUAUUGUGACCUUUGAUUUUGCUCGUAUCGAAUGCUUCAAACUGCUCCUGUCCAAGGGUCUGUCUAUUGGCAUUGUUGCUGGAAGUGCUAUUCUCAAGGUUCCACAAAUCAUCAACAUUCUUGUAUCCGGAUCUGCUGAAGGACUGUCCUUUGCUAGUAUUUUCAUUGAAGCAUUGACUGUAGCCAUCACCGUUGCUUAUAAUUAUCGUCUAAACAAUCCAUUUUCGACAUACGGAGAAGGCGUCUUUGUCAAUCUACAAAAUGUAGUGAUUCUUUUUUUGAUUCUCGGUUACCGUGGACAGUAUGGAGCCAUGGUGUUUCGAGGUAUUGCAGGAACCAUUGCAUGUGCAUGUUUGUUUUCAGAACAAUUGAUUUCUUUGAGUCUUUUGACCACCUUGCAAUGGAGUACUAUUUUCCUUGUUAUUCCAAGUAAACUGCCUCAGAUCUGGGCCAACUAUAAGGCCGGUUCUACGGGUCAAUUGUCCUUGAUUACAGUAUUUCUUCAAUUUGCUGGCACCAUUGCUCGUGUUUUCACCACAAUUCAAGAAGGUCUGGAUUCUGCCAUUUUAUUCUCGUUUGUAACUGCCGCUGUACUCAAUGGGAUCUUGUUGAUUCAAUUCGCCGUGUAUAUUCGUUCUUCAGUUGAGUUGAAUCAUGCAUUAUUGAUGGAUGACUGUAGGGUGUGUUGUGAAUGGUCACUGAUAGGAUUCUUUAUUAAAAAGCAUCGUGUACAGCAAAAGACAAGACAUGGAUCAAAACAGAAACAACAGACAUACUCUUCAAGUAUCAAGUUGGAUUAA